UUGGUGAUUUGCAGCUAUGCGAUUGCAUUACUGGAUCUCAUCUCAGCGGUGCUCUUUGCUAGUGUCUCAGGAAUGCUUUAUGCUCAGCACCAUCACUGGACAUCGCUGGCAGCCUUGAUCUUCUCGCUGAUGUGGAUGCUCAUCAUUCUGUUGCUGUUGGUUGGCAUCUAUCAGCGUAAUUUAACCUAUGUGCGAUACUGGCUGGUCUUCACCUGUCUCGGAAUUAUGCUGGAUGCCGUAUUGCUACUUUAUGGCUUAACCCUGGCUAUAUCUAUUAAUUGGGAGGGUGUUAAGAUUACAGUGCUGCCAUUUGUUGGGUUGGCUGUGGAAAUGACUUUCGUGUAUAUAAUUUAUGUAUUUUAUUUGGACAUGAUAAGUCGCGAGCAAUGGAUACCGGUGGCCAGGAGGUAUACAGGUGGCUGCAAUCAGCGGGAAGUCAAAGAUGCUUCGAGCAGUGAUAACACCAAACGCAAGGAACGAAAGCGACUCAAGAAGUUGUACAAGCGCGAGGAGAAAGCUGCUUUGAAGCAACUGGCACGCAAGUUGCGCAGAGGUCAAGUCUAGAAUGUAAUUUUAACGUUACAUUUAUUAAAUGAUGAGAAGCAGGCUUAGCUUUAAUUCGUCAAACUUCUUGAAAAAUCUC